AUGCACCGCAGGGUGGGCAAGCCAAAGUCCAGAAAGGGAUGUGUGACUUGCAAAAUCCGCCACGUUAAAUGUGACGAGCAAAAGCCGGAAUGCAAUCAAUGUGUUCGCUCCGGCCGUAAAUGCGAUGGCUACACUGAUUCCUCUCAGAGAGAGCUGCAGGAACAAAUCAAAAAGGACAUUCCUCGCCAGACAUGGCAAAUCAAUUCAGAUCAGCGUCUAGUCCUAGUGCCCGGAUCUCGGGAAGAGCGCCAGUAUGUGCAUGUCUUCUGCACACAGACGACUCAUGCACUAUCGGGCUUCUUUCCAUCUGAUUUCUGGACGAGGUUUCUCCCGCAGCUCAGUCAUCGAUAUCCGGCAAUUCGACAUGCUGUUUCUGCGGUUGGUGCGGUUUACGGGAAACAGUUACUGCCUGCGAAUUCUGAUCCUGCUGAAGUGGAGCAAUUUACUUUGCAACAGUAUAACAAAGCUAUCCAGAGUUUCAUUGGCCAGAUGAAUACACCGCAAACGGUGGAUAUUGACUUGGUCCUGGUUACUUGUCUGCUGUUUAUAUGCCUGGAGACUCUUCGAUCGAAGAAUACCCGAGCGUUGGAUCAUAUUCAGAGCGGUGUUCAGAUUCUAGCGGCGCGAUCGCAGGGGAAGAACAUCACUAUGGAUAAUGAGUUCGAUCGGGAACUCUUACAUACAUUCAGCCGACUCAAUAUUCAGACGUGUCUAUUUGGACGCGGCAUACAACCUCUGGGUAUCCACCCGGAAAAGUCUACCAUCGCUGAGUCCGAGGAGGAACUUGCGUUCGACAAUAUCUCCCAAGCACGAGAAACUCUAACCAGCCUCCAAAGCCGGGCAUUAUGCUUUAUUCGAUCGGUCGGAAGUAGAAGUGGAAUUACGUACGAGUCCGUCUACGAGCAGCAUGUUAAACAACAGCAAUCUAUGUUGGCAGAAUAUCAUACAUGGCGCGCAGCGUUUGAUCGACUCCGGAAGCGAUCAACCAAAACCACCGGCAUCUCAGAUCCACGAGCACCCUUAGCGUUGCUAAUUGAGUAUCAGGUCUCUCUGGUCUGGCUACUCAAUUGUAUCACCCAACAAGAAUCAAACUUCGACAACUUCACCUCACACUUUGAAGAAAUCGUCCAUGUAGCGGAAAACAUUCUCGAGCUCAGCCCAGAGACAGAAUCGAAACCAGUCGCUGAACAGUUCUCCCUGGACCCAGGGGUUCUAGCCCAUAUAUAUUGGACUGCACAUAAAUGCCGAGAUCCUCUGAUUCGCCGAAGAGCAAUAAAGGCUCUAGCGCGGUGUCCGGCAAAGCAGGGGAUGUGGCUUCGACCGCUGAUAGUACAGGUAGCGCGUAAGAUUGUGGAGAUAGAGGAAGAACCGCUUUGUUAUUUGCCGGUUGAAGAGAGGAGGGUUUCCGAGAAGAAUCGUGUUUAUGAGGCUCUGAUCUAUCCAGAAGAGGAUACUCAGAGGAGUCCUUGUCCGGUUGAAUUUUGGUUUGCGCCUGAUCCGGUGAAUGGUGAUUUUGAGAGACGUCGGGUGGAUGUGACGUGGUGA